AUGGAAACCGACCUCAAGCUUGGUUCUUGCUCCAUAUUUGGUAGCUUUGAUUAUUGCUGAUUUAGGCAUCUGAGUGUCUACCCGAGGACCAACCUCUGGGCUUUGCAGGUUGGCAGAGGGGAAGAUCCGGGCUCGAGAGUACUGUGGAGUUCUUUGCAACAACAGAUAACAGUUUGCUGAAGUUUCUUCUGACGAUGACAUUGUUGGAAGUGAUGGGGAUGCAUCAAGUGGAGAGUAAAAGAAAGUUGGUGUGAAACUUGAUAAAGCUGGAAACGUGAGAGUGGCUAUGGACCACUACUUCCUGUCCCGUGGUGAUCAGCACUGAAAAUGAAAAUGCUGCAGAAAAGAAUCAGUUCUCCCAUGAAAUUCAAGUGUCUGUAACUCCAGCAACAAAGUCUAGAGAAAGGUCUCAGUCAGCUGUUACAAUGACUAGAUCUGAGGAAACCUUGCAAAGUAAAUCUGGUUCACUUGUUCAGGCCACCAUAUCUACACUGUUAAAGAAAGUGGAGGAAAAGGCUGAAGAUGAGGACAUUGAAGAAUUCUCAAGCACAUUGCAGGAUACUAAUGGAAGUAAUGAGAAUUGCGAUGCUUCUGAUUCUGAACACCACAGUGGUAAACAUGGGAGGGCAUAAGCAAAUCCAAGCAUCUGUAGUACAGUGGGAAGCACUAGGAUAUUUUGGGCUCCCUGCCAUACAAUACUACAUGCAAUGUACACAAUGUGUUUCACCAUUGUCAGACAUGCUCAAACAAGGAUGUAUUCGCACGUUAUUUUUAGCUCUUAUCCCACCAAAGAGUCAGUUCAUUCCUCUUGCAUCUAAUGCUCUUUACCAUACAAUUUCUCAUGCUGAAACUUCACUAUGCUGGAAAAAAGGAAAGGAAAUUUAGAAAUACAGUAUUAUACAUGGG